GACCACUGACUUCUUUUUCUAUGUUUCUUAUUCGUUUCUCUCUCUUUUUUCGGAGUAGAGGGAAAGAAAAAUGCUUUUCCCUCUCUAUCUCGUUCUGUGCUGAAAACUUUGGCGGCAAUAAAAGAGGAAUUCAAAUCAAAAUCAAAACCCUACCGGCGCCCCCUCCAAAUUUUACAUUUCUCUUCCCUCCAUACUCUCUCUCUCUCUCUCUCUCGCUGGGGGAAGUUGCUUCAGGUGAGUUCAUCUCUCUGUUUCCCAUCGUCUGAUACCCAAUCAAAGAGCUUAGUUUUGGGGUUUUGUUCAGGGGGGAUUGCUAGGGUGAAUUGAUGCCGGCGACCAGGCUUCAUUAGGUUGCGUGGAGGUACUUUUUUGGUAUUUGAUUGGAUUCUAGUGUGUUUACCUCACAGGUCCAGUGAUUGGAAGCUGGAGGGUGGUUGAUGUCUCCUGAAUUCUCGAAUACGUUCCAGAAAGGUCAGUAUUUCUGCUUGUUUCUUUCAAUUCGAUUUCUUUCUUGAUGUUGUUGACUCUGUCUGUUCUUUCCCUUCUUCUUUUCUGUUUUGUGAUGGAUUCAAGCAAGUUUUUGAUGAUUUGUGGCAUCAGAGAAGAGAGCAGUUAUUUGGUUCUGCAAAAAGGGAACAGUGCUGCUUGCAGCGAAGAUAGAUUGCACUACUAGUGAUGGGAAAAGUUUCUCCAAAAGAUGGGUACUCUAACACUCCGAGACGACGAAGGCGGCUGAGGAGUUCAAGUAGCAGGUACCUGAAACCUGGCGCUCUUGCUAAGCUGCGAUACAGCAAAGCAUCGGUGACCAAGUCAUGUACUGAUCUCGGAAGAAAGAGGGUUGCUGUGUUUGACACAGACAAGACAGACGCCGUCGACAAUCUUUCCCUAGGAAAUAAGGUGGCUGCUCAUGACAAUAGUCCGUUGUUACUGUCGCCCGUGGAUUUGUUCAAACAUAAUCGCUUCGAGAGGACACCUAAGACGCCUCGUGUUGAAGAUUGUGAAUCUGAGUCGAGGCUGGAGUCUCUUCCCAUGGAUCUGUUGGUUAAUGUCCUGUGUCACCUUCAUCAUGACCAGCUAAGGGCUGUUUUCCAUGUUUCUCGGAAGAUUCGAAAAGCUGUUGUGAUUGCCAGGCAAUUCCAUUUCAAUUAUACCACCCCAGAUCGUUCCAGGCAGGAGAUGCUGAGAACAAUGACACCGCUCCCCGCAGAGCACUACCCUUUUGUUAGAAAGGGAGAUGGAAAGAGUGCCUUACUGCCGAGCCCCCAUACUCCUAAAGCACCAAGGCAAGGUCCCAGGCCACCUUCUCGCCUUAAAAUCACAGAGAUGAAGCAAAUUGCAGCCGUUCUGUUCCAGGAUUCUGCUUUACCCCCGAGAUGUGUGGUUCCUUCUACUAUGUCCAAACCGCUAUGCAAGUCUUUGGCUUCUAAUCGUGUUCUCUUCUAUGAGGAUGAGUUAUGCCAGGCUGUUGCUCAAAAUAAGCUUCGCUAGUAGUCCAGUCUUUUUCUACAACUCUGGUUUCCUCCUUGUGUAUAGUUUGCUCUCUGUAAACUCUUUACCUAGUUAUAGUCAGGAAAGGAAAGUUACCAGUUUUCCGAUGUGCGAAAACAGUAGUAGGGGUAACGUUCGUUAGUUGAUCAUAGUUGCCAUAGGAAUUCAAAGAUUUUGGUGAUCAGGAGGGUGGGAUGCGAUAAUAGGGGUUUGAAACUAGUUAGUAACUUGUAAAUAUUUUCAUCUAUAGAAUAUAUAUUUAGAGAAGGC